AGGCCUCUCCGGGGCAGCUGGGGUUCGAGCGCAGGUGUGUCUGGCACACACCCACACACACCUGCAGAGCACAGGCUGUGACAGAGUGCGGUUGGGGCAGAGGCAGGUAGAGGCCCUCUCUUGCCUCAGUUUGUCUGUGUAAAAUGGGGGUGCUGACUUAUGUGGGAGCACCUUGUUGGGAAAACUCAGCUCAGAACCCCUCAGCAUCAGCCCCCACCCUCCUGAUCACCAAGCACCCUGAGUCACAACUAAGGGAGAAGUUUCCGAAGACAGAUGGGGCCAGCAGGUCCUGCCAAGACCUCACUCCGACCACAUUUGCUGUCUUCCAGGUUCCCAAGGCCCAAGCUGCCCAGCCCUCUGGCCAUAGAGCUGAUGGCCCCAGCAGUUGAGACAGGCGUGGGCAGCUCGGCUGGCAGCAAAUGACAACUGAGACCCUCUCAAACUCCAAAGUCACCCUUUUGGAGCACAAGGAGGAGCUAGCCCUUUCUGCCAAACUUCAGCCCCUGCCUCUUGCACCAAUGGCCCUGCUACAGUUAGAGGGAUGGCUGUCUGUGCUCACUCCUGAGCAUCUUGGCUGGGGGGGCCCAUGGCUCUGUGUGGGAAGAGCUACCAGGAUACCACAAAGGAAUCCACCACACGUGUAGAAUCCAUGGGCUCAGACUUCACCUCGGUCACACCAGAAGCCCCAGGACCAUCUCUAAGCUGCCCCCGAGGGAGACGGGUACCCGCAGAGCUGCCAUCACUGGGGCCACCGCCACGGAAAAUGGAGGCACCUGCAGAAGGAGACUCUGGCUUCCAGGGAGGAGCCACGGCCUGCACAGCCACAGCCGGUGGUUCCCUGACAGUCCACCCGGACCAGCGGCCGCCGCCAGCCCUGCAGGAGGACAGGCAGAAGGAGGGGCUGGUGGAGCUGCCCACGUCCUCCCGGGAGCUGCUCACCUUCUUCUGCACCAACGCCACCAUCCACGGUGCCAUCCGCCUGGUCUGCUCCAGCCAGAGCCGCGUCAGGACGGCCUCAUGGGGGCUGCUGGUGGCAGGCGCCCUGGGCGUGCUCUACUGGCUCCUCUUUGCGGAGUACUGGCCUUACCCGGUGGUUGCCACAGUGUCGGUGCACUCGGAGCCCAAGCUCUUCCCAGCCGUCACUCUGUGCGACAUGAACCCGCACAGGCCCCGCUCAGUCCGCCACCACCUGCAGGUCCUCGAUGAGUUUGCCCAGGAGAACAUCCAGUCUCUCUACAAGUUCAACUUCAGCAAGAACAGGGACGUCCUCUCUGCAGCUGACCCGCUCCCACAGCCCGCCUUCUACCUGGACCGCAGGGUCCGCCUGCAAAGGCUGAGCCGACCCGGUGGCCAGAAUAAAGUGGGUUUCAGACUGUGCAACAGCACAGGUGGGGACUGCUUGUGCCGUGCCUCCGCGUCGGCUGUGACCGCUGCCCGUGAGUGGUACUGCUUCCAUUAUGUGAAUGUCUUGGCCCUGAUGCCCACCGCCCACGAGGACGGCCACCGCAGCGACAGAGGCCACUUUGUCCUCUCCUGCCAAUUCGAUGGCCAGGACUGCCAGGCCCGGCACUUCCGGACGCUCCACCGCCCCACGUACGGCAGCUGCUACACCUUCGACAGCGUCUCAGCUGCACAGCACCCAGGCAUCGCCCGCGGGAUCAGCCUGGUCCUCAGGGCUGAGCAGAGGCACCACCUGCCUCUGCUGUCCACGGAGGCCGGCGCUAGGGUCAUGAUUCAUGGACAUGACCACACGCCCUUCCCGGAGCACCAGGGCUUCAGCAUCCGGCCAGGGACCGAAACCACCAUCGGCGUCCGAGAGGACGAGGUACGCCGGCUGGGGAACCCCUACAGCCACUGCAGCGAGGGCGCAGCUGGUGUAGACGUAGGCCUGCUCUACACCGCCUCGUACACCCUGCAGGCCUGCCUGGUGUCCUGCUUUCAGCAGCUGAUGGUGGAGACCUGUUCCUGCGGCUACUUCUUCUACCCCCUGCCGUCGGGGGCCGAGUACUGCAGCUCCGCGAGGCACCCGGCCUGGGGUCACUGCUUCUACCGGCUCUCCAGGGACCUGGGGACCCACCGGCUUCCCUGUAGCUCACGCUGCCCCAGGCCCUGCAGGGAGUCUUCCUACGAGCUCUCCGCCGGGACCUCCAGGUGGCCCUCCUCCAAGUCAGCUGACUGGAUCCUGGCGGCGCUGGGCAAGCACGGCCACAGGAGCCUGAGUGCGCCCCUCACGCCUCUGCCUUGCCGCAGGAGCAGCGUGGCCAAGGUGAACAUCUUCUACCAGGAGCUCAACUACCGUCGGGUGGAUGAGACCCCAGUUUACUCGGUGCCGCAGCUGCUGUCAGCCAUGGGCAGCCUCUGGAGCCUGUGGUUCGGCUCCUCGGUCCUCUCUGUGCUGGAGCUGCUGCUUGACGCUCUGGCUCUGGUGCUGCUUCGGGGCUGCCGCUGGCUCCGCACAGCUCAGGGGUCCCAGCUGGGGGCAGCCACAGGGGCACCCCCCGCGAUCCCAGGAACCGAGCAGUUACCCACUGACCGCAGGAAUAUCCACCAUCCGGGGCGCCCUGCUGGCCUCGUGCCCCGCAAUCCUUCCAGGAGCUCUGGCCGGAGUCUUUGCUGAAGAGUUAGGCCACACAAGCGCCCCCUGCCCCACGGCCGAACCAGCAGGAGCUU